AUGACUCAAAACCUCCACCGCCGCCGCAACAACCUCAACCGCAUAAUGUUCCCGCGCUGCCUCCACGGCAUCCCCUGCGCGCACCCUCCCCCCGCCGCCGUGAUCCGCCUCGUCAAAUCCGACGGCGCCGUCGCGAUCUACGACCGCGCCGUGACGGCGUCGGAGCUGAUGGAGGAGUUCCCGAAGCACAUGGUGUGCCGAUCGGACGCCUUCUACAUAGGGCAAAUCACGCCGGCGCUCUCCCGCGGCGAGCGCCUCGUCCCCGGCCACGACUACUUCCUGCUGCCGGCGAAUUUCUUCCAAUCGGCGCUGUCGUUCGCGGCGCUGGUGCGCGGCGGGGGGAAGGCGCAGUUCGAGAUCGAGAAGACCGCGGCGGGGGGGCUGCGGGUGAAGGUGACGGAGGAGAUGAUCGCGCGGCGGCACAGGGAGGCGGAGGCGGCGAGGCGGAUCGUGAGGGUGUGCACGACGCCGCAGCUGAAGAAGGAGUAUGAGGCGCUGGUGGGGAGGCGGAGGCAGUGGAAGCCGAAGCUGGAUACGGUGUAUGAGAAGAAGGGGCGGAGGCAGAGGAAGAUUUUGAGGAAGACGAAAUCGAAUGUGGUGUGA